AUGGGGAGGACGCGCCCGAAAAAGCUCACCUCCAAGGCCUCAAUCCCCAUAGUUCGAGAACAGGACAUUGAUGUCCUUGAAGACGAAGUCCAAAAUGCUCUCCAACAGAUCGAGACCGGUGUUGAGAAGGCGGAGGAGUCGGAAUUCCAUCUUCAAGUCGCAAUUAGUGCAACGGCCCAAGGAAAAGUAAAUGAAGCUCACAUCCCGACGCCGGAGACCCUCCUCAGUAAUCUCCGAUAUGAUGAGCUCUACCCUCCUACCUUCUCGCAACCUGCGACGUACAUCCGCUUCUCCUCCACCGUGGAGGACUGUUGCGGAUGUCCGUAUAACAUGACCGAGGAGGAUGAUGUGUUCCUCAAGAUUAUGAACCAAAAGCGGGAGGCUGGCGAACCGCCGUGCACCGAGGACCAAUUCGAGGAAGUGAUGAAUUUCUUCGAGGAGACCACGCAGACCAAGCAGCCAUUUGCAGCAGUAGAUAACCCGCCUGUCCUGAGUUUUGCAGACAUGCAGGAGUCCAUGGACGCAGCCGUAGAGGACAGUUUCGAGACCGGCCAAGAUACUGAUGACUCUGACCCAUAUGUCUGCUUCCGUAGGCGGGAAGUUCGCCAGAUUCGCAAGACUCGUGGCAGAGACGCUCAGAGUGCCGAUAAGCUGAGGAGACUCAGAAAAGAACUGGAAGAUGCUCGACAAUUGGUCGCUUUGGUGCGCCAGCGCGAGCUGGCAAGGAAGGAAAUGCUUUUAGUCGAAAAGCAAGUCUUCCUGCAACGGUCCGAAGUCAAGGAGAUGAAGAGGAAACUCAACAUCAAGGACGACGACGAGGACCUCAUCAACCAGAAGCCCAAGAAGAAGCCGGCAGAAGUGCCAGCAGCACAGCGCCCAGCAGCUCCCCAACUUCGCAUGCCACCGAAGACUACUACCCAGGUCGCGGAGGACUUACAGCUGCUGGAGGAUGUGCAAGCGGAAAAAGAGAACGAGAUUAUGCGCGAUAUCAAGCAGAAUAUCUCCAAGCACAUCAAGUGGAACGAGGGCUACUUGGACCUCACCACAGUGCCUCUCUCACCAUCCCCCGAGAGAACCUUCGAUGGUGCUUUCCGGCCGGCAAUCACCACCCAAUUGCCAACCCCUCCAUCAUCCGAUUCUUCAGAGAACAUGUCGGGUUCAGCUUUAGAUACCUUCAAUUCCUUAGCCUUCCGAGAUAAUUUCGCUCCUCAUGCCAUGGAGUUGAGUGACGACACGAGCAAGAUGCCUGCAUUCCGGAGGCGUAUCGGGCGUGGCGGACGCUUGUGGAUUGACCGUCGAAACUUCGCCUCGCGCUGUAGAGCAGAGAUGGAUCCUUGGAAGGCCGAUCGGUUCAAAUUUGACCAAGAGGAUUCGGACGGGGAGCCGGAGUAUGAGUGUGAUCCGUACGACAUCAACCUUAUGCAGCAUCGGGCCAUGAUCGUGGCCAAAGCCCGGGAUCAAGCUGCAGCUCAAGCACAUGCGCAGGCGCAGGCAGCACAAGCCCAGGCCCAAGCUCAAGCUCAAGCUCAAGCUCAAGCUCAGGCGCAAGCCCAAGCACAGCAGCGGCGAAUGCAAGCUGAACAAUCAGCCAACAAUCCGCCAAACAUGGGACAGACAAUGGGAUCAAAUCCCGGGCCUGGUGCCACUGCCCCUGUAGCCGAUGCUUGA